GCAAGGACGGGCUAGAGUGGGCGGGGCCAGGGGGACUCAGGGAUGGGAUUCUGUGGCCAGAGGAUUUAAACCGCUGGAGGAGAAGCCGGCACCUUCCAGCAGCCUCAAGAGGAAGUCCUCUGUUGAAACAGGCAUUAAAACUCUCGCCAGCAUAGUUACUUUGGAUUAUAAACAACCAACUGAACGGGAGCAACUGUGACCUUGGUACGUCCAGAACAUGUAGGUGAAUAGUUCAUUUGGAAAUGGGGAAUUGUCAUGAGCUAAGUUAAAGAAAUAUUUAGCUGUAUCUCAAACUCCUCCAACACCAUCAAUCCCUAUUAUACAACAAGGACAUACACGUGAAGACCAUUUUUGACCUCAUUUUACAGAUUGAAAAGCUCAAGUCAAGAAAGUUAAGGUUUUUAAAAUCAUGCCCAAACAGUUACCUGGCUCAGAGUGGGACCCAUAGUCUGAACUGAAGAGACUGAAUAAGUUUAAACUCUGCCUUUUAGAUUACCUAUGCAGAUAAUUAACUAAAACAUCAAGCUAUGCAGAAUAACUUCAAGAGGAACCAUAAUUCAAGAGUUUCUGAUAUAGACUUGAACUCUGUGGAUACUGAGAAGGAAAAAAAUGAUCAAAAUAACUUUUUUAUGUGGCUGCCUCAAGAAGUUACUUUAUACAUAUUCAGUCAGCUGGACAUUCAGAGUUUGUGCAGGGCUUCAAUGACAUGCAUGAGCUGGUUUGCCACAAUAAGAAACAAUGACCGCUUAUGGAAACCUCAUUGCUUGGCUGUACGAGCUGUGUGCAGAAGAGAAGUAGAUGAUGAUCGGAAAAGCGGUUAUUCCUGGAGGGACAUACUACUGAGGAAUUACCAGAAGAGUCAAGUGAAACUUGGAUGGCUAAGUGGCAGAUACAGCAACAUAUGUUCUCCUAUUAGCCUACCAGAAACAAUCAUGUGCCCAAUGGAUGCAGAAACGUGGGGGGAAAUUCUAGAAGCAGAACUGAAAAGACCAAAUCACAAACAGAUUUCAUAACUGUGAGAAUUUAAACCUAAAAUGACUCUUAGGUUGCAAAAGGUAUCUCUUUACCCAUUCUUUUUUGUUGUUGUUGUUGUUAUGUGCCUUUUAAAAUAUUUAACAUUUAAAAAUAGAAAAUAUUGUAAAAGUAAAGCUUUGUUUUUACUUGCCACUUCAGUAAAAAAUAUUUUUCUGGUUUUAAUGUAACGUGACAAAUCAUGAAAUGUUUUUUAUAUAAGAAAUGAUGUGCCAGUAGAGUAAUUCCAAAAUGUAUUGUUUCAUGUAUUUGUGUCAGUAUAUUGUGGUACUUGAAUGAUAAGAGAGUUUGGCAUUUUCUGAUUAAUAAUAAUUCAAAAAUUCAGGAAACCAUUUGAAGAAGCUGUCUUAGAGAUCAUUGAAUAGUAGUCAUAACUAGGCUCAUGGGAAGAUAACCUAAAUUAAAUUAAUAGCAAUAUGUUUAAAUGUAUAGUAAAUUUAUAUUUCAAUAACUUUAAGUUUUCCAUUUCAGUGAAAUCGGAUUGAACUGAUAAACAUUGAAACCAUUAUAAAAUGUGCUAGAUUUGUGGUUUAGUUUCAAAUUAAUCUGACCAUGGGGCUAAAACUUGUUCUGAGACUGAAGAGUUAUGGAAAAUAUUCAGAAUGCUUAACUACCAUCAGAACUGCCAUUCUAUUUUUCUUAGCAAAGCUCUCUUUCUGCCCAUCUUAUAGCACCAUCUAGUGUUUUACUCAUAGAUAACUAAGACAAAGGUCAGCUCCUUUUUGUUUUCUCCACAUGUAGAAGAAAAAUAUUGUUUCAGAGAACCCUAAAUACCUGACUUUGUUAAAGUUUAUAGCUUUCCAGUAACCUUUAAUUUAAUGUUUGUUCUCUUUUUCUUAAAAGUAGGUGCCAUGGUAUACACUCUACCAGAUUGUUCAUUCUGAAUCUGUGGCCAGCACCAUAGUAGAAGGUGUCUGUCUACAAAAGAUUUUAGUUAGGAUGGGGUUUUCUUCUUACACUGUGCUCUAUAGCAUGAAAAAUAAGGAUCCAGGAAACCAGUGUUUAACAAAUAGGCAAAUAUCAGAAAGAUGCCCCAUUCUCUACAAAUUCUCUUUGUUGAAUCAAGCAGGGGAUGAGUGCUUGUCUCUUAUCGUCUUCUUAGAGUUGGAAGGGGCCUUAAAGAUCAGGCAGUCCAGUCUCUAAGACUAUUUGGCAACCCCCUCUUUAGGAAUGUGCUUCCUAUCACCCCCUCCCCCAUUCAUUCUUUUCUUGGCAACCUCUUUUGUAAAACUUAUCAUCUUGAUCUGGACACCAUCCCUAACUUCUACCAUUCUGGAUUAAGUGGCCCUCUGAAGGUUCCCCAUAGUUCUUUGUGCAUGCCAUUCUCAAGGCUGCCACGCUACAUUAAAUUUGUCUGUUUAUCUGUCUGUCUCCCCCUUUAAACUGUGAGAUUUUUGAUGGCAGGGACCAUUUAUUUAUUUUUGUGUUCCCAAAGCCUGGAACAUAGUAGGUAUUCCAUAAAAAAUAUUAAAUUAUUUGUGUGUUAUUUAUUUUAAUUCUACCCAGAAUAUAUAAUAAAAACAACUUACUAUAUUGUUAGUAGACAAGUAUUGAAAUACAAUGUAAAACUCAGAAGAUAUAGGGUAUGCUUGAUAUUAAUGCUAAUAUAUGAAUAAUUGUUUUGAUAUGCUCUAAAGUUGUAAGAGAAAAAUCAGAAAGUAGAAAUAUUCUGUUUUGGUUUUUUUUAAUAAACACUUGAAAAUACACUUCA